GGCUCAAUCUGAUCUGAAGAGAGUAGCAGAUCAGCAUUGGAGUGAUGGGGCCUUAGAGGCCGACUUACGACGAGCUGACUUCAUAUUUAGACGACGUGCCAUGGAAGAUGCAUACAUGGCAUUGAAGGUAGAAGAUGUACUGCUUUUUUUUCCAACAUCGUUGUGGUUUUAUAAGAAACAUUCAUGACAUGAUGGCAAACAAAUUUUACCAAUUUCCUUCAAAUGAAAGGUCUUUCUCUCUCAAAGAUAAAAUGGGAUUCAUUACACUCAAAAAGAAUGGGAAAGCUCUUGAUCUAUUUGCAGAUGAGGUCACAACAGACCGUAUGCAAGCCAUUCAGGAAGCUUAUUGGACUAUGGCAUCUGCCUUACUGCCAUCUAGUCCAUGAUUCUAGCACAAGUCUUAUGGCUCUGAGAACUAUCAUCUAACAGUUUUCACUAGGAUGUAACUAUCUUACAACGAUGAGUCUCGAAGCUUCA